AUAAUCCAUAGGACAAUAGCGGUUUAAAUCAUCAACCUCAAUCUUCACGUGUUUUUUCUCCUUCAAAUCCUCUAUAUUAUUUCGUAUUAUUUCAUCAACUUUCUUUCUACUCAUUUCUCUUUAUCCAAGAAAAAUGGCGAUUCCUUCUCGUCAGCUAUUCAUUGACGGUGAAUGGAAAGAACCCAUCAACAAGAAUCGCAUUCCUGUCAUCAAUCCUUCCACUGAAGAGAUUAUCGGUGACAUUCCGGCAGCAACUGCUGAGGAUGUGGAGCUUGCAGUGGCUGCAGCUAGAAGGGCUCUAAAGAGGAACAAAGGGGCAGAUUGGGCAGCUGCAUCUGGAGCUCAUCGUGCCAAGUACUUACGUGCUAUCGCUAAGAGGGUAACAGAAAGAAAAGAUGAAUUUGCAAAGCUUGAAGCCAUGGAUUGUGGAAAACCUUUGGAUGAAGCAGCAUGGGAUAUUGAUGAUGUUGCUGGGUGUUUUGAAUACUAUGCUGAUCAAGCAGAAGCUCUUGAUGCAAAACAAAAGGCUCCAAUUGCCCUUCCUAUGGAGACAUUCAAGUCUCAUGUGCUCAGGCAGCCCAUUGGUGUUGUUGGGUUAAUUUCUCCGUGGAACUACCCACUUCUUAUGGCUACAUGGAAAGUUGCUCCAGCUCUUGCUGCUGGUUGUGCAGCAAUACUUAAGCCCUCAGAAAUGGCAUCUGUGACUUGUCUAGAAUUGGCUGAUGUGUGCAGAGAAGUGGGACUUCCUCCAGGUGUGCUAAAUAUAUUGUCAGGAUAUGGCCCAGAAGCUGGUGGCCCAUUAGCAUCCCACCCUGAUGUUGACAAGGUUGCAUUUACUGGGAGCACUGCUACUGGUAGCAAGAUUAUGUCUUCUGCUGCUCAACUGGUCAAGCCUGUUUCAUUAGAACUUGGUGGGAAAAGUCCAAUUAUCAUCUUUGAAGAUGUUGAUUUGGAUCAAGCUGCUGAAUGGGCUGCUUUUGGCUGUUUUUGGACUAAUGGUCAAAUCUGCAGUGCAACAUCUAGACUGCUUGUUCAUGAAAACAUUGCAGCUGAAUUUUUGGACAGGCUUGUUAAAUGGUGCAAAAACAUUAAGAUUGCUGACCCAUUUGAGGACGGUUGCCGGCUUGGUCCUGUUGUCAGCAAGGGACAGUAUGAGAAAGUUCUGAAGUUCAUUUCAACUGCAAAGAGUGAGGGUGCAACUAUUUUGUGUGGAGGCUCUCGUCCUGAGCAUUUGAAGAAAGGGUAUUUCAUUGAACCAACAAUUAUAAGUGAUGUCUCUACAUCCAUGCAAAUAUGGAAGGAUGAAGUUUUUGGCCCUGUCUUAUGUGUUAAAACUUUUAGUUCUGAUGAAGAGGCCAUCGAAUUGGCAAAUGACACCCAAUACGGUUUAGGUGCUGCUGUGCUAUCCAAAAAUCUUGAAAGGUGUGAGAAAGUGACAAAGGCCCUGGAAGUUGGAAUUGUUUGGGUGAAUUGCUCACAACCGUGCUUUUGCCAAGCUCCAUGGGGUGGCACCAAGCGCAGCGGCUUUGGACGGGAACUUGGAGAAUGGGGUAUUGAGAAUUACUUGAAUAUCAAACAAGUGACUGAAUAUAUCUCUGAUGAACCAUGGGGAUGGUACAAGAAUCCUUCAAAGCUUUGAAGAAAUUUUAGUGGGUGUUAUUAAAGCAAUGGAGGUAUCGAGAUAUCGAGGAACAUGUCAAGAUUGAAAUACGGAGCUUACAGAUAGUUUGAAUAAAGAGGCUGAAUAUUAAGAGUGUAUUAUUUGUGUUCUCUACUGUACUACUUGAUGGAUAUUCAUUCUUCGAUCUUGUAAGCAAUGUAGUACGUACUACACAGACUUGAUCCUCUCAUUAAUGGACGUAAAAAUUUUAUUGUGUUCAUUUUGCCUCA